AUCCAAACUUGCAUAAGCUAGAUAAAAUGAAAGCUUUUAUUUCGUGUAUAUUCGUGUUUUGAUUUAAUGAGUGCCUCAUAAGAUUUUACAGUGGCUCGCAGAAAAUGAACGCACUCGGGGCGUGGCGUAUUGCUAAUAUAAUGAAUAUUCACAUGUAGGAGUGUCCUUACCUUGGACAUUGAACCGCGCGCGUUUGCAGUGUUACAUCGCGCGGUUACUGUGGGACACACACACCGGAGAUCCGGGUUUCUACGGUAACGCGCCGCAUUGGCUAUUUCUGUUCCGAGGAUGCAGGCUGUGAGAGGGAAACUUUUGACAGCUGGAAGAUGAGUUAGGAGUCUGUUAAGAAUCUAGACAAAGUGGUCUCAAAAGGAUCUGGAAGGAUUCAAGCUGCCAUCUGUACUAAUAUCAUGGUGGUCAUGAGACAUCCUGAGCUGCCUGCCAUCACGCUGACUCUUCUCUGCAGCUUAGCAUCCAUGCUGUGGGGCUUCCCAUUUGGACCUGUGCUUGAGCUGGAUGUCAUUCCUAGGACCACUGUGCCGUUUAAUGGGCUUCUGGGAUGUAAUCAUUUUCAUGAUCAGGCUGUAAACUACAGUACUCUUCUGCUGGAGGACAGAGCUGGCAUGUUGUAUGUAGGGGCCAGAGAGGCCCUGUAUGCCCUGGACACAGCCAAUAUCUCAGCUAUCCGCAACAACAGUUCUAUUGAUUGGGCUGCAUCUUCAGAGCAGAAGAAACAGUGCUUAAGCAAAGGAAGAGAUGAUCAGACAGAAUGCUACAAUUAUGUUCGGUUUCUUGAUCGAUAUAAUGAGACUCAUCUCUACACCUGUGGGACCCAUGCCUUCCGCCCUCGCUGUGCAUACAUAGAUGUGGAGCGAUUCAGCUUUGUGCGUUUUGAGGAGGGCAAAGAAAAAUGUCCCUAUGACCCAUCCAAAGGUUACACUGGGUUCAUUGUGGAUAGUGAGAUGUACACCGCCUCGCAGUAUGAUUUCCGCAGCUCCCCUGACAUUCGUCGUAACUUUCCCUUUCCCAACCUGAAGACAGAGGACACUCCAACUAAAUGGCUACUGGACGCGGACUUUGUUGGCUCAGCACUAUUAAGAGAAAGCAUCAACAGCUCCAUUGGGGAUGAUGACAAAGUUUACUUCUUCUUCACUGAGAGAAAUCCAGAGCAGAAGCCUUACUCCAGUCAGACCAGAGUGGCCAGAGUGGCCAGGGUCUGUAAGGCCGACAUAGGAGGUCAAAGGACUCUUCAGAGGAAGUGGACAUCCUUUUUGAAGGCCCGACUUGUAUGUUCUUUCCCUGAGUAUGAGUUGCAGUUUAACAUCCUGCGUGGUGUAUAUGUGCUGGAAGGACCUACUCUUCAUGACAGUCUCGUCUUUGCAGUCUUCAGACUUGAAUGGAAAAAUGUUAAAACAUCUGCAGUUUGUCAGUACUCUAUCAGAGAUGUCCAGGCUGCAUUUGAUGGCCCUUACAUGGAACUGCAAGACUCCAAAUGGAGGGAAUACACUGGAAAAGUUCCAGACCUUAGGCCUGGCUCAUGUAUAACUGAUCAGCACCGGGCUCAGCUUAUAAAUUCAUCACGGGAUCUACCAGAUAACGUGCUCAUGUUUGCUCGGAGACACCCUUUGAUGGCCAGAGAAAUCCAGCCAAUAGGAGGGCGACCCCUACUGUUCAAAAAGAGCACUGACUACACCAGGAUAACUGUUCAUAAGGUCACUGCCUUGGAUGGGAACACCUAUAACAUGAUCUUCACUGGAACAGAUGAUGGGUGGAUGCAUAAGUCCGUACAGCUUAGAGAUCGGGUGCACAUCAUUGAGGAGCUACAACUGUUUAAUGAACCAGAGCCUAUAAACAACAUGGUUAUUUCAUAUAAACAGAAAAGUGUAUAUGUGAGCGCUGCGUCAGGAGUGGUGCAGGUGCCUCUGUCUUCCUGUCUGCGCUACACCUCAUGUUAUGGCUGUGUGUUUGCACGAGACCCACUAUGUGGCUGGGAUGGGAGACAGUGUGUUGAAAUAUCAACAUACCCUGUCAGGUCCAACUUAACUCAGGACAUUCAGAUGGGUAACAGAGGGUGUGACAACAUCACAGAGGGUGGUUUUGUGACCCAUCGCACUCGUUCAGUGAUGGUGGGACAUGACAUGCUCUUGCUUUGUGAGCUUCACUCCAAUCUGGCAGUUCCCCACUGGACUCUGAAUGGUGAACAGCUGCAGGGUUACGCUGUGGACACUGGCUAUCGGAUUGGCACUGAUGGCCUCCUCAUAAUCGGGGCUCAGACCCGGCAUAGUGGCCAUUACCGCUGUUAUGCUGUGGAGAAUGCUGUUUGGAUUCCCAUACGCAGCUACAUGGUUAGGGUGCAGCCUGUUCCUCCACCUUCACCCCAUCUACCCACAGAUCCAACCGCCCUACCUGAGAGGCUCUUCACCACUAGCACAAUGUCUAUCAGCCCCUCUAGUGAAUCCAUAGAGCAGCCCCUGCACCCACUACCCUCCAGGCCUGAGUUCCACACCACCCGACACAUGGAGGCUAUGUAUAUCUCUAUGGUGGCUGUUUUAGGUGGACUCUGUCUUGUGCUGACUGUGGUGCUGCUGUAUGUUAGCUUCUGUGCACAUAGUGCCCCUGGUCACAGGAAGUACUCUCAGCAAGAGCUGUCCAUUACCCCUACCACAGAGAGAAAACGGAGCUCUCAUGUGGAGCUGAAGACAAUCUCCAGUCACUGCAAUGGGAGGAUUGGUGGUCUUUAUGGAGCAGCAGCAUCAGGUGGAGAAUUCCUGCAGAUUAUUCCAAGUGAUGGGCAGGUCAGCCCUAACAAGGAGCCUCCUCCAGCUCCUCCACUCCCCCUGCCACCUCCACUGCCAUCUACAGAGUAUGCAAACGGCUUGUCGGCCACGUUCCCCAACGUUUUAAGGAAAAUAAAUGGGAACAGCUACAUGCUCCUGAGUCAGAUGGACUCAGAUAUGACCUCACCUCUUUACCAUUCUUUCACAGAGGAGCUCAACAGGAUCUUAGAGAAGAGAAAACACACACAGCUGGAUAUGCAGCCAGACGAAAGCUCAGUGUAGCCCUAUCUCAUCCUAAUAAGGGUAGUGGCACCUUUUGUUGAAGAUGUAUUUUAUUAAAUAAAAUAACUGUGGGUAUUAUGCUGUAUUUGCACUGUAUCCUGAUGUACACCUCAAGUCCUAUAGAUAUUAUGAACCAUGAUUUUGGAUGUUUUUGUUAUUGAGGACUUUCAAACUCUAAUAACAUACCAUAAUAUGUCUAAUAACAGUGUUGUAAAAGAAAUAUUUAUUUUAUCUGAGGUGGUAAGGGAAAGACCUCAAAUAGAGAUCAUGAUCUCAGAGGACUCUGAGAGCAUAAACAUGCAGGACAAAAGAACUAAAUACAAAAAUAUGUCCACUGACUGGCUUGACAAAAAGCUAUGUAAAUACAUUGAUAAUCAGUGUAUGUACAUUACAUUCCUUUAUUAUUUGUAUCUUACUGCAGGGGUUCUUGGCCUCUGGUCAUUGGCGCCCCUGGCCUUGCACAACAUUUCAAAAUUCUAAUACAUCAGAUCUAGGAAAAAUCUUCAAACUGUGCUUAGUAGGAUCUCAUCGAUGAUAGGUAGCAAAUCUAAAUGGAAUUCAUAGCUUACAUAACAGCUUUUGCUCUCAAGCAACUAAAAUUGGAAAUAAAAAAGACAAAUUCAGUGCAGGAUCAAAGUAAAGUGACAAGACCAAGCUUGGAUGCUGAAAGACCAGAGGAAACUUAGCAAAUGAAAAACAUGCUGUAAACAAAGGAACCUAUUACAAUCUUGCCAAUGCUUAAGCCUAUUUUGCCACCCACAGAAAUACAUGCUAUUUUCAUUUAUAGCAUUCAGCGGCUCUUUG